UGGAAUUAGUCGUUUCGUUUUAUAUAUAACAAAGUUCAAAAGAAAGAGAUCUUCGUAAUCACCAAUUUUGAUUUCUUCACUUUUUUCUCGCAAGAUUUUCUCGGGAAACAAGGCAAGAAAAUCUGACAUUCCUGGAAAAUGAUCAAGGGAGGUGGGAGAAAUAUAGGGUUUCCUCCUUCUAUGUCUGAAUUAGAAGAUGAACGCUCGAUUUCGCUUCGUCAGCUUAUGGCUGACGAAGGAAUUAUUCCGUCGUAUAAAGACGAGGAGAAACGUAGGGUUGUUAUUAGUAAGCUACGAGGGAUAGUGGAGAGAUGGGUUAAGAAUGUAGCCUGGGAACGCCGUCUUUCUCAACAUCAUGUUGACGCCACCAACGCCACCAUUCUUGCUUACGGCUCUUACGGUCUUGGGGUUUAUGGUUCUGAAUCAGACAUUGACGCUCUCUGCAUUGGUCCUUUCUUUGCCUCCUUGGCUGAGGAUUUUUUCAUCGGCUUGCGUGAUAUGUUGAAAACUAGAAUAGAAGUUUCCGAGCUUCUUUGUGUUAAAGAUGCAAAAGUUCCUCUGAUCCGCUUUAAGUUUGAUGGGAUCUUGGUUGAUCUUCCAUAUGCUCAGCUUAGAGUAUUAUCCAUUCCACACAAUGUAGAUGUGCUUAAUCCUUUCUUCUUGAGGGAUAUUGAUGAGACAAGUUGGAAAAGCUUGUCUGGAGUUCGCGCAAAUAAAUGCAUACUUCGAUUAGUGCCUUCCUUAGAGCUAUUCCAAUCAUUGCUGCGGUGUGUCAAAUUAUGGGCAAAGAGGCGAGGUGUAUACGGUAACUUGAAUGGAUUCCUAGGGGGAGUUCAUCUGGCUGUUCUUGCUGCAUUUGUUUGUGGAUAUGAACGGAACGCUACACUGAGUUCCCUUCUGGCAAAUUUCUUUAACAUAUUUGCUCAUUGGCCAUGGCCUACACCGGUGGUGCUGCUAGAGGAUGCUUUUCUACCUACUGGGUCUCCUCCAGGCUUAAUGCCCAUCCAAUUACCCUGCGGCCCACAUCAAUUCUGCAACUCCAACAUAACAAGAAGCACAUUUUACAAGACAAUGGCAGAGUUUCUACGAGGGCAUCAUUUGACAAAGGAUUACUCGAAACCCAACUUCAGUUGGAAGAAUUUGUUUGAGCCUUAUCCAUAUGUAAACACAUACACGUGGUUCAUCAAGAUACACCUCUCAGCUGCUAAUCAGGAAGAUCUAAGUAAUUGGGUUGGUUGGGUUAAGUCACGUUUCCGUUCUCUUAUGCUCAAGAUAGAGGAAGUCUAUGGCUUUUGCGAUCCAAACCCAACAGAGUAUGUCGAAACCUAUGCAAAGCAGCCAAACAUUGUGUUUUACUGGGGAUUACAUGUACAGCUCAGAACCAUAAAUGUUUCAGACAUUACAUAUGUGGAGAAAACCUUUCUGACGAAUCUUAACAGUGGAAGCUUCCAGGUACCAGUUGGUAGAAUCCAUUUAUCGGUUGUGAAAGCAUCCCAGCUGCCUUGGAAUGGUGAUUGUGGUAGCAACAACAGAAGCAAGAAGGUGACAAGGACUUGUUGGAAAAUCAGAAUCCCGGAAGAUAAGCAGCAUUGCAAGAAUGUACCGGUUUACUCAAAGCAUAUGCCCGGUUAUGUGGUUGGGUAUAAGAAGAUGGAUAACAAAGAGGCUGAGAGUAUGGAGGUUAAAUGUUAGGUUGUGUUAGUAAUGAUGGUUUUGCCUUUACACUCUUUUUAUUUCUGUCUUUAACUUUGAGCUCUUGGCCGGUAAGUGUGUGCCUGUGAGUAGAGAUGUAAUGUUUGCAGGAAGUAACUAGUUUGACUUUCACUUUCUAAUUUUGUAAAAUAUCUCCUGUCCAAAUCUAGUUGUUAUAUUUUCUCA